UGCCUGCUCAGUUGGUGGAUGUGCUUCAGCCGGAGCGGUUGCUAGACAAAAUCUCAAAACGCAAUCGCAGUCGUUCAAAUCAAACACUUCUCUAGAAACGUGGCCCGUGCGCUUGGCCAACUUUGUGGAAACCUUUGCGCAUCGGUUAAGUGCAAAACGUAAUACCUUCAACCAACUGUGAAUUUGCUCGAUUAUUUUCAAAUUAACAACAAGUGCAUAAGUUGUGAGAGAGAAACUUACCAAAAAAAUAUAAAAUAAAGAAACAACAUUAAAGAAAAACUUCAAAAUGCAAGCGUGUAGAAAAAAAAGAGCUCCGAGCGAUUCGGCGUCGAUCUUGCGGAGGAGACUCUUUGUGGCAAGUCUCUGCGGAUUAUUGCUGCUUGGCAUUCAAAUUGAGCGCGCGGCGUCUGCGCCUGCAGGCGAGGAUGAUGCUGCAGUCAUUCCCAGCACCACGAUGCCAGCGUUGGAUACAACAACCGAGACCGUUGCUGCUGCUGCUGCUGCUGCUGAUUCUUCCACAACAACAACAACCACAACAACAUCAGCACCGACAACAACAACGCAGGCAGCAGCAACAACAAUUGGCGUAGAACAAAGCAGCGAAUCGACUUCGACUUCGACUUCGACUGCGGCUGCCAACAUGUUGGAUAGUUCAACGACUUUGGAGCCCAGCAGAUUGAACACAAGCGAAGCUGAAAUUACAACACUGCCAGCCUCAGCCAUUGACAGCAGCAGCGUCCGCAGCAGCAUCGUUGGCAGUCUUCAACUGCAGGAGGAAACAACAGUGCGUUCGACAAGUAUUGAGCCGAUUACCUCCACAGAGCCGACAACAACACCACGUUUUGAGAACUCAGCUUCCGAAGAGCCCGCAAUCUUUCAUCACACGGAGGCAGAUCAGACGCACAUUCAGCACAUUCCGCUGCGCGAUGAGCAUGCGGAGAAUGUGGGCGGCGAUGCGACCACCGAGGAGCAACGGGAGGAGCAAAAGCAGCUGGAGGGCGAGCAGGAGUUGUUGAAUCAAAUAUCCAAUGAGAGCGAUGAUGAUGCCAAAGAUUUGAAUAAUUUUCGACAUCCGGCAACGCUCAUAACGGCCAGCAACAGUGAGGAGAAUGAGUCCAAUGCCAAUGAGAAUGAAAGUGAUGGCAACAAGUUGGCAGCAAUAACAACAACAACAACAACAUCGUCAACGACGACGACGACAACGACGACGACAGAGGCACCAGUAACGACAACAACUGCAACAGCGACAGCAACAAGUGAGUCAGAAGAUCCCUAUCAUGUGCAUAUACUGUCCGAGAAUCAUGAUCGCCUGGCCGAGCACGAAGAUUAUCAAAUGCUGUCGAGCAGCACCGAGGAGGGCGAACCAGCUGCAGCUGCAGCAGCGACAACAACAACAACCGAAGCGAGUGCUGGCAUUAUUGUCAGCCAGGAGAAUAAGGCAACGCCGUCAACGCAGUCAGUUACUGAGACGACAUCGACGACAACAACAACAACAUCGCGAGCACGCGCCAUGCAUAUGAAUGAGCCCGAAAUGCAGCCACAAACCGAAACGGCAACCGAGAUUGCCACAGAGUUGGAGUCAAAGGCAGAGGCCACCACAGUGUUGCCGCAGAGCGAAGUGAUUAACAUUGUUGAAGGACAGCAUGUGCUGCACCCAAUCGAGGACGAACUCAACUUUAGUUCCAGCUCCAGCACAACAACAACAACAACCACAGCAGCAACAACCACAACAACAGAGGCUGCAGCAACCGAUUCGCCAUUUGUUGCCUUUGCCGGCGAGGGUCGCUCAGCGGGCAACAGCGAUGAGGACGCGGAGUUGCUCUUCCGUCACAAUGCUAGCCUGCAUCAUCAGGCGCUAAUGGAUCUCAGCGAUGUCAGCAUGGACGAUGAACGCACUGAGAUAAUUACAACAACCACAGCAGCGACAACGACAACUACAACGUCUACGACGACAGCACAACCCGAAACGGAAGUGCCGAAAAUUGUGGAAAUUACAGCCAGCGGGGAUACAAUGCAGCGUGAAUGUUUGGCAGACAACAAGAGCUACAAGCACGGCGAGAGCAUGGAACGGGAUUGCGAUGAACGUUGCACCUGCAACCGCGGCGAAUGGAUCUGUGAGCCACGUUGCAAAGGUGCCACCUAUCCACGAGGCAGUCAACGCACUAUGGCUAAUCCCCAUUGCCACGAGCGCAUCGUGGAGGAGGACGAAUGCUGUAGGACGAUGGAAUGCGAUGAGCCAAUGUUGGCGCCAAUUGUGACCGCGUCGGACAUUAACCAGACAGCUGUUGAGCAGAACGAAGAGAGUACGCCCAAGCCACGCAAUGAUUGCCACUAUCAAGGCGGCGUCUACAAGUUCCGCGAACGCAAAGAAAUUGGCUGCGAGCAGAUUUGCCACUGCGACGAAGGCGGCAUCAUGAACUGUCGGCCACGUUGUCCCGAGCGCAAUCACACGCGUGCCGACAAGUGUGUGUAUGUCAAGGAUCCCAAGGAUGUCUGCUGUCAGCUGGAACUCUGCGAUGUCACGCUUGAUGAUCACGAACAGCAGCCACCACUUGCCCCACUGCUGCAGGCUGGCCCCAACAGCAUUGGCGAGGAACAGGAUCAGGAGCAGGAACAGGAACGUGAACAGGAGCGCAGCUAUGGCCUCGAUCAGCAGGCACGUGAUGCAGGCGGUGCCACGCCCAGCUGUGAGUUCAAGGGCGAACAGUAUGAGCUGGGACAGCAGUUCCGCGAUGGUUGCGAUCAGUUGUGCAUCUGCAAUGAGCAGGGCGUGCACUGUGCCAAGGUCGAGUGUCCCUCCACCUUCGGUCUCGAUGUGCUCAAUCCGCAUUGCAUACGCUGGGAACCAGUGCCAGCAGACUUUAAGCCAGUGGCGCCACAUUGCUGUCCGGAGAGCAUGCGCUGUGUGGACAAUGGCACCUGCACCUAUCAAGGCAUGCAGUUCGACAACUGGCAACAAAUACCUGUCAAUCUAACGGGCUGCGAGCAACAUUGUUACUGCGAGAGCGGCAAGGUCGAGUGUCGCCCCACUUGUCCGCCAGUCUUGGCGCUGCCACCUUCCGAUCUGCACUGCCCCUUGGAACAGGCGCGUUUAGUGAACAUGCCACAGGAUGAUUGUUGCAAACAUUGGGACUGCGUUUCACUUACUCCCGAUCUGCAAGCUCACCCCAUCGAUGAUCCGCGACAACCUUAUCCAAUUGCUCCACAACCCAAUGAAACAACAGCAACAACUUCGACAGCGACAGCAACAAGCAUGACAACAACAACCACAACAACAACAACAACUUCUACUAGCAAACCUUUGGAACUUGACUAUGAGAAGAAGCCCACUUUGGGCGCCUUUUAUCCCACGCUAGACGGCAAGCCGCCCAAAUCGAGUCCUGGACUCUUUGACAAACACGAGAAGCCGCACAAGAAGGCACAGCAACAACACCAACAACAGCAGCAGCAACAGCAACAGAAUGACAUCAAGUACGAUGUGCAUGAGGAUCAGCAAGAGGAUGAUGUCAACAAUGGUCCACCAUUGCCACCGGGCGGGGGCUUUGUGCCACUGCAGCUGGGUGGCCACUACAACGACUAUCAGCAGCAGCAGCAACAUCAGCAACACCUCGGUCCCUAUGGCUUUUACAAUCCCGCCAAGCCUGCUUACGAUGCCUACAAUCCCUACGAACCUUACGACAUCAAUCCCAAUGGCAUUCCACAAGGCAAACCGCCACCAGCGCCCACUAGUCAAUCCGAUUUGUUCAACAUACUUGGUGCCGAGCAUCCAGGACAUCCUGGACAUCCAGCGUCGCAGGCAGCUGGCCAAAAAGAGAAUCACAAUCUGCCUCCGCAUGUGAGAAUUGAGCAGAUACUGCAGCAUUUGCAACAGAGCGUGCCAGCUGGCGCAGCGGCAGCGGGACCACAGCAACAACAGCAGCAGCAACAACAGAGACCUGGACCACCGCAUUAUGUACCCAUUGUGCACAGUGGCGUGCCACCGCCGCCGCCUCCACAUGGUAUUGCCAUAGUCGAUGGCCAGCCGGUGACCUACGAGAGUUAUCCAUUGAUACCUGGACUGGGCGUGCCACCACCACUGCAUCAUGCACAGCAGCAACAGCAACUUCAACAGCAACAACAACUGCAACACCAGCAGCAACUGCAGCAACUACAGCAGCCACCGCAGCGUGAAACUCCGCAGCAACAGGCAACCAUUAUACCCAGCUCCAGCACCAGCUCGGGGCUCUCCACGCAAGCCAGCGAGCAUAGCCUGCAUCAUAGCCAGGGCGCGGAGAAGCGACCAACCCAGCAGCAAGCAGGCUUGAACAAUCUGCAGUCGGACAUCGAGGUGCACAGCUUGGACGCCAUCGAUCCGCACACCAUUCGCAUGGUCUUCACCGUGCCCAUGGUCUAUGUGAAUCUUCAUGGACGCGUCGAGUUGCAUUAUACCAACAAACCCAGCAAUGAUACACGCACCUGGGAGCUGCAAACUUUUGCUCCACCCGAAGAUCUGAUUGCUACUUCACAAAUGGAAUUCGACUUGUCCAAUCUGGAAGCGAAUACGUUGUACAAAGUCAAGGUGACGCUGCUCCUACGCGAUCUCAAUUCGCAGGCAACGAGUAGCAUUUAUACAGUCAAGAUGCCAGCGGAACGUACGAUUACGCCGCCACCACAGAUCUCGGAUUACAGACCCGAUUUCCAGGACAUUUUCAAGACUGUUGACGAUCCGGAACUAAAUGUCAUCGAGACAAAUGCCUCUUGGCUGCAACUCACAUGGAAGAAGCUGAGCGAUGAGCAAAUGGAAUAUGUCGAUGGCGUCCAAUUGCGUUACAAGGAACUCACGGGCAUGAUUUACUCGUCUUCACCGCUGAUACAUCGCACACUUACCAGCUACACCAUACAGAAUCUGCAACCAGAUACGGGCUACGAGAUUGGAUUGUAUUACAUUCCAUUUGCGGGUCAUGGCGCUGAGCUGCGCGCUGGACACAUGAUCAAGGUGCGCACAGCGCCCAAGGUUGAUGUCUAUGGCUUCGAUGUGAACGUGAAUGUCACCAAGGUGAAGUCACAGAGUGUGGAGAUCUCCUGGAAUGGUGUGCCAUAUCCAGAGGAUAAGUUUGUGCACAUCUAUCGUGCCAUCUAUCAGAGCGAUUUGGGCAAGGAGGAUUCGAGUGUCUUCAAGGUGGCCAAGCGGGACAGCACAACGGGCACUUUGAUUAUGGAUCUAAAACCGGGCACCAAGUAUCGUCUGUGGCUGGAGAUGUAUCUGACCAAUGGCAAUACCAAGAAGAGCAAUGUGGUUAACUUCAUUACGAAACCAGGUGGUCCAGCGACGCCAGGCAAGACGGGCAAACUCCUCACCGCUGGCGUCUCUGAGCAACCAGUUGGCGAUUAUUACGGUCCCCUUGUGGUUGUGUCUGUGAUUGCCGCCUUGGCGAUAAUGUCCACACUGGCCUUGCUGCUCAUCAUCACCAGAAGGCGUGUGCAUCAGACGGCAUCCAUCACACCACCGCGUAAAAGCGAUGCGGCCUACGACAAUCCCUCGUAUAAAGUGGAGAUACAACAGGAGACAAUGAAUCUGUAACGGCCCGAACUGAUGGGUAGCUUACUCAAAACUCCCAAACUAGCUUAGAGCAACGUUUCUUGUAAAUAUUUAAAAAACAAAACUCAGUGUCAGUAAAAGUUAUGAAAAUAAUAUAUGGAUUUUCCAUUCCCCGGCGCAGGAUUCUGAUAAAUAUCCAAACUUUAAAAAAGAAAAUCAAAAAGGUCGCCAUGUUGUAUGUAAUGAUUAAGGAAUUCUUAAAACAAAAAAAAAAACAAAAAAGUUGAACUAAAUAGUAAUUGUUCUUUGACCCCCCGUUAAACAAUUGUAACUUGUGUAUAUAGAGAGAUAGAAGAGACAACUGAAUAUAAAGUCCAAGUAACUUCCAAUUGGCCUCGCCAGGGGAAUUCUUCUAGCGAUUUCUACAAAAAACAAAUGCAUAGUUAGUUUAACUUGUAAAUUUUAGCUUUACACAUAUACAUAUAUACAUACCAUUUAAUUUAAGAACGAACAACAGCAGUUCUUCAAUUAACAGUCCAUAAAUAUUUAAAUUAGCUUGUAAUCGUACAGAGAUAUGCAAUCUUAUGAAUAAAUAAAAUAUUAAACAAA